CCGCCGGGCUCCCCCAGGCAAACCUGUCUCUGCGGGGCGGGGAGCGGAGCUUCCUCCUCCGAACGCGGUGCGGCGCCGCCGGAUUCGUCCUUCCGCCCCUGCCUCCGCGGCGCCGCGGCGAGCGAGGGGCCGAGCGGAAGGUGGUGCGCGAUGUGGCCGGCGGGAGCAGCGGCCGUCGUGGGGUCUCCGGCGUGGGACACGUCGGUGUGCGGGGAGUCGCAGCAGGCCUCGCCGCCCCCGGGCUCGCAGCUGCCGGCGGCCGCGCCCUCGGGGCCGCCGCUCCCCGUGGCAGCCGGCGCGACCCUCAACCGCCUUCCGGAGCCGCUGCUGCGGAGGCUCAGCGGGAGCUUGGACCGAGCGCCGGAGGGCCGGGGAUGGAGGAGGCUGGCCGAGGUGGCAGGGAGUCGGGGGCGCCUCCGCCUCAGUGGUCUAGACUUGGAGCAGUGUUCUCUUAAGGUCCUGGAGCCUGAAGGCAGCCCAAGCCUGUGUCUGCUGAAGCUGCUGGGUGAGAAAGGCUGUACGAUCGUGGAGCUGAGCGACUUCCUGCAGGCCAUGGAGCACACCGAGGUCCUUCAGCUCCUCAGCCCCCCAGGAAUAAAGAUCACUGUAAACCCAGAAUCCAAGGCAGUCUUGUCUGGACAGUUUGUGAAGCUGUGUUGCCGGGCAACUGGACAUCCUUUUGUACAAUAUCAAUGGUUCAAAAUGAAUAAAGAGAUUCCAAAUGGAAAUGCAUCAGAACUUAUUUUUAACACAGUGCAUGUAAAAGAUGCAGGCUUUUAUGUCUGUCGAGCUAAUAAUAAUUUCACCUUUGAAUUUAGCCAGUGGUCACAGCUGGAUGUUUGUGAUGUCACAGAAGUAACAGAAAGCUUCCAGAGCAUCUCUAAGCUGCAAAUCUGUGUUGAACCAAAGCCCCAAAAGCUGAUACCUGGCAGCACGUUGACUUUACAGUGUGUUGCUAUUGGAAGCCCGCUUCCUCACUACCAAUGGUUCAAAAAUGAAUCACCAUUAAUGCACGAGACAAAAAAGCUAUACAUGGUGCCUUACGUGGAUUUGGAGCAUCAGGGAACCUAUUGGUGUCGUGUGUAUAAUGAUCGAGACAGUCAAGACAGCAAGAAAGUAGAAGUCGUCAUCGUAGGACGAACAGAUGAGGCAGUGGAAUGCACUGAAGAUGAGUUAAAUAAUCUUGGGCAUCCCGAUAGUAAAGAGCAAACAGUUGACCAACCUUUGGCAAAGGACAAGGUUGCUCUUUUGAUAGGAAAUAUGAACUACUGGGAGCACCCCAAGCUUAAAGCUCCUUUGGUGGAUGUGUAUGAAUUGACCAACUUGUUAAGACAGCUAGAUUUCAAAGUGGUUUCACUGUUGGAUCUUACUGAAUAUGAGAUGCGUAACGCAGUGGAUGAAUUUUUACUGCUUUUAGACAAAGGAGUCUAUGGACUAUUAUAUUAUGCAGGACAUGGUUAUGAAAACUUCGGGAACAGCUUUAUGGUCCCUGUUGAUGCUCCAAAUCCAUACAGGUCUGAAAACUGCCUGUGUGUGCAGAAUAUACUGAAAUUGAUGCAAGAAAAGGAAACCGGACUCAAUGUGUUCCUGUUGGACAUGUGCAGGAAGAGAAAUGACUAUGAUGAUACCAUCCCAAUCUUGGAUGCACUAAAAGUCACUGCCAAUAUUGUGUUCGGAUAUGCCACGUGUCAAGGAGCAGAAGCUUUUGAAAUACAGCAUUCUGGGUUGGCAAAUGGAAUCUUCAUGAAAUUUUUAAAAGAUAGAUUAUUAGAAGAAAAGAAAAUUACUGUGUUACUGGAUGAAGUUGCAGAAGAUAUGGGUAAAUGUCACCUUACCAAAGGCAAGCAAGCUCUAGAGAUUCGAAGUAGCUUAUCUGAAAAGAGAGCACUUACUGACCCAAUACAGGGAACAGCACAUUCUGCAGAAUCUCUGGUGCGGAAUCUCCAGUGGGCCAAGGCACAUGAACUUCCGGAAAGUAUGUGUCUUAAAUUUCAGUGUGGUGUUCAGAUUCAAUUAGGAUUUGCAGCUGAGUUUUCUAACGUCAUGAUAAUCUAUACAAGUAUAGUCCACAAACCACCUGAUAUAGUAAUGUGUGAUGCCUAUGUUACCGAUUUUCCGCUUGACCUAGAUAUUGAUCCCAAAGAUGCAAAUAAAGGGACGCCUGAAGAAACUGGCAGCUAUUUAGUAUCAAAGGAUCUUCCCAAGCACUGCCUCUAUACUAGGCUCAGCUCACUGCAAAAAUUAAAGGAACAUCUAGUCUUCACAGUAUGUUUAUCAUAUCAGUACUCAGGAUUGGAAGAUACUGUAGAGGAAAAGCAGGAAGUGAAUGUCGGAAAACCUCUCAUUGCUAAACUAGACAUUCAUCGAGGCUCAGGAAGGAAGACUUGCUUCCAAACUUGUGUUAUGUGUAAUGGCCCAUACCAGAGCUCAACAGCCACCUCCGCCGGAGCUGGCCAUUAUCGUUCAUCUCAAGACUCAUUCUGUGGUGUUUACCAUUCACAUCUUAGCAACUCAAGUAAUGUCAUGCCAUCAGAUAGUUGUCGUUGCAGCCGGACUGCAGAUGCAUUUAUUUCAAGUCAUCAUACCCACCAUUAUUCAUGUCAACUCGGCAGAAGCAAUGUGCCAGUAGAGACAACUGAUGAAAUACCAUUCAGUUUCUCUGAUGGGCUCAGAAUUUCUGAAAAGUGACCUUUUUGUUUUUGAAAGUUAUCAUAAUUAAUAGAUGUCUCAUCCAACAGUACGUACAUAAAGUGAGGUAUUGGGGAAAAGCAAAUAUAUAUACAUGUAGAGAAUUACUAACAGCUCUUUAAUGGAAAACUCAGAACUCUGAGAUGUUGGAAUUGUAUUAUUUAACUACAGACUUCCUCUUCUAGGAUUUCGUGAAUUGGUUGAUUUGUUAUGUAAGUAUGAAGUAUGGAUGUGUAUAUGUUUAUGUGUAUAUAACAAAAAUGUUUUCAUUUUGACUACUCUGAAGUAAGAACAGUGGGAAUGGCAUUACUGUAGAAUAAGUCGUUGUAUUUUUAGAACCAGAAAAAGAACCUUGCCAAUUAUCAGACUUAACGUAAUUUUAUCAGUGGGAGAAACAGUUUGAGGCAUCGUGUUUAAGUUAGAGCUGAAACCUCCAGGUUUCUAUUCCAGUGUUUAUUCCACUACAACCUGCCUUUCUGACAGUUCUGUUUUGUAGAUAGAUUUAGAGAUAUGUAAAUAUGGAUAUCUGUAUAUAAUCUAGAAAUGUAUGAACUUUAGUUGUGAUUAUAGGACUUUGCUGGAAAUGCCAGUUAAGAGAUUUGUAUAUAAAUCUUAUGUAGAACAGG